AUGUCUGGCAUGUUGAGGUUGUUUGUUAGACCUCCUGCGGUAAAUGCGACUGUGUUACUGCGUAAGAUACCUCAAAUGUCUUCUAAAGAAGUUAUUUGGACCUUUGAAGACUUAUCUCACAUGAAAAAAAUCGCUAACACACAUGCUGAGUCAUUGUUUUUUGCCUGUACUAGUAGAAUCCAAUCCUUUCUCCCCCAAUUAGGAAUUACCGGAAUUGUCAGAAUAUUAUUCGCCCAUUACAAGUCUACACUGAAAGAUAACAAAUUAAUUCAUAACAUUAACGAUUUUAUCCUAAACGAAUGUGAAGAAGGGAUGUCGAGUAGUGAAAUUUGGAAUUAUUGUACGGCAAAUGACUCGGUUUUGCUAUAUAAGGGAUUCUUUUUGAACAGUUUCAUGAAUAAACAGUUACACUGUCGGAUAUGGAAGAGUAUUGUAGCAAAUAAGCCUUAUUUAACCCCUUCUGACACAACCAUUUUAUUAAAAUGUCAUCAUUCUCUUUUAAAUUCUGAGCAUCGUAAUUUGUUUUCUGAAGCUGAUCUAAUCAGCUUUAAAUCGCAACUAAUGGAGAUGAUCAUCCAAGCCAUCCAUCAAUUAAACAGGUUCCAUCCUUCAGAUAUCAACGUAUUUAUUGCUGAAAAUAUUGAAUUGGACUCUUUCUACAAUAACAUUACGGAAUUGAAUGUCUACUAUACAAAUAUCCUCAACUACAUUGAAAACAAUCCGAAUAUACUCAACGCUAAUCAGAGCCUAUGCGUAAUAGGUUCAUGUGUUAAAUUUUUGGAGAUAAAUGAAGAGAUAUAUAUUGGAGCUAAACGAGUCAUUACUCGUAUUUUAAUGGAGUUGACCAGUAGAAACGAAGUUUUGGAGCCCCCCAAAUCAUUUUUAACAUUCAAAAAACUCUGCGACAUAAAGUACUGGAAUUUUGAUUUGAUGAAAUGCCUAAUAGAUACCAUUGCCAACAGCAGUUAUUGCAUAAUCAAUGAUCAACAAAUCGAAUUUAUCAGCUGCAUUGACGAAAUAAUCAAAAAUUUUCAUCUUAAUAAAAUGGAAACAUAUGUAAGCGAAUAUAAUUUGGGGAAAUCAGAUGAUAAAUUGUACGAUACAAGUCUAAUUGACGAAAUUACACAUGUUAAACGGGGCUGGACGACUAUGUGCUUGAAUGACCAACUAGAUUAUUUACGCGCAAUUAAAAAUAAAGCGCAAACCCGUGACAGUUGA